AUUUAUUGAGUACUUAGCAUGUGCCAGGCAUUGUGCUAAACAUGUAAAUAUGAACUCUCUUAAUCCUCAUAACAACCCCAUAGGUACUGCUGUUAUCCCUGCUGUACAUCUGGAGCACAGAGAGGUUAAGUAACUUGCCAGAGUCACCCAGCCAGUGGGUGAUGGAUCCGCUUUUGAAUACAAAACUCAAGGACUGAUGUCACUUGAGAGAAGGGGGAAAGACUCUUAAAGUGGUCUGAGCAGGCAUUCGUCAAUGCUAAACAGCAGAGGUAGAGCAUUCCUUCCCAGGCAGAAGGCGUCACUUGUACACAGGUACAGACGCAGGCAGCCAGCCUUCACACUUCCCUUACAGAUCACGCGUGGCUCAAGUGUAAAGUGCAAGGGGGAUAAAGGCAGCUAGCCCAGAAGCGUACUGUUCCUAGGGCAUCCGCAGAGCAAGGAGGGGGAAGGCACCUGCUUCUCGCUGGCGAUGGACAGUCUGGGUCCUGGGCUGCUCAGAGUCAGGAAGUGAGUGGCUGUAGAAACUGCUGAAGUCUUUUAAGUCCUUUGAAUCCUUAUUGGUCCAGCCGGCCACAGAACUUUGAAAGAGGGGUGGGGGUUGGAAGGGAAGCCGAGAAAAGGCAAGUGAAAGAUGAAGGGGAGGGCAAUUUCAGAACAGGGCUAGCUCUCUCCUCUUUUCUGCCCAGCCUCCUGCCUGCCACCCCUGCAACUUCGCCGGCGACCCCGCCUCGGCCUCCAUGGCCAGCCACACAUUCAGCCUGGUGGCCGAGGAGAAACCCUGCUGCGAUCUCUCCAGGAGGUCCCAGAUCUGCCUCUGCGUCCUCGGCUGCCUCCUGGUUGUGGUGAUCAUCGCGGUGGGGGCGGGAAUCCUGGUAUGGCGCCAGCCGCCCAAGCACAAGGAGUGGAAGGGGUCGGGCACCACGGCCCAUUUUUACGAGAUCGUCCUGGGGCGAUGCUACACCUACACGGAAAUCGUGAGGCCUGAGUUCAGACAUAAAGACUGCCAGAAGAUAGGGGAGGCAUUUGUGAAUGCAUUUCUUUCUAAGGAUCCUUGUCACACCUCAGAACAGGACUACCAGCCGCUGAUGAUGCUGGCCAGUCAGACUGUACCUUGCAACAAGACUCUCUUUUGGAGCAAAACAAGUGAGCUGGCGCAUCAGUACACAUGGGUCCAGCGGGAGAUGUUCACGCUGGAGAACACGCUGCUGGGUCACAUGGCUGACGGCCUCAAGUGGUGCGGAGACGUGGGUUCUUCUGAAAUGAACUAUCAAUCUUGUCCAGACUGGAGGCAAGACUGCAUCAACAACUCUGUUUCUGUGUUCUGGAACACGGUGUCCAAAAGGUUUGCAGAAGAUGCCUGUGGUGUGGUCCAUGUGGUGCUCAAUGGGUCCAUCAGUAACCCCUUUGAUGAAAAAAGCACUUUUGGACGUGUGGAAAUCUUUAAUUUGAAUCCAAAGAAGGUUCAUACACUUCAAGCCUGGGUGAUGCAUGACAUCGGAGGACCCCUCAGUGACUCAUGCUCAGGUUCCUCCGUAAGUGAUCUGAAACUGAUUAUAAGCAAAAGGAAUAUUACGUUUAUCUGCCAGAAUAACUACAGGCCUGUCAAAUUUCUUCAAUGUGUGAAAAAUCCUGAGCAUUCAUCUUGCAGAUCUAAGAAAUGAGCCAGGGGCCGUGGUUGUUUCCGAUCUUCGAGCCCUUGCAGCAUGUAUCAACAUGCAUGACUUAGGAGACACGCUGGUGGGAUGCUGAGAAUUUGGGGGGAAUCCUCUCUCAUAAUGUCAACACUGGAGAUGGAAGCUUUGACCCAGUCUUAAAAUAACUUAUGUUAUUGGCAUAGUUUUUAUUUUGAUCUCCUAAUAUUCAAGAAAAAAGUACUGUAUUCAAUUAGAAUGCAAAUGUUAUAUUAUUUCAUUUUAAUUUUCAUAUGUUAAAAUAUUUUUAUGUUGUUUGUAUGUUGGUAGCAUCUUUCCUGUUGAAGGUUCAGCAAACCUUUCUUAUUGAUACAGGCAGGUAAAGAAAGGUAAAUGUCCAAGGUUUUCAGAAAACAUUACAUUUCUAAAUGAAUGACAUUGCUCCAUGAUAUGUUUUUGUACCUUUCCUACAGAUAAUUAAACUAGAAAUGCCAUGGUUACGGGGCAUGUUGGGAAAUGUGUUCUGUAGGAUAUAAGCUAAGGUAGGUAAUUAUGUGAUGUGAUGGAUAUGUUAAUAAGCUUAAUUGUGGUGAUCCUUUCACAGUGUAUACAUAUACCAACACAUCACAUUGUAUACCUUCAAUAUAUACCAUUUUUAUUCAUCAAUCAUACCUUAAUAAAGCUGGAAAAAAAACCCAGUUAUCCCUGGGGUGGAGAGUUGAGUUAAAUAAGCUGGUGAUGCACGGCCAAAGGCAACAAGUCCUUUCACCUCCCCACCCCACCCCCUGCCAAGAUCAAGUAAGUUGGGCAGCUGGAGAGAGGAUGGGUCUUCACCCUGGGUGUGCCUCAGGGGUCACGGCGGUGGGAGUAGAUGUCAAGGAGAGUCCGAAUUUACAGUCUGCUGAAAACCCACAAGUCCUCACUCACUCCUCUUUAGCUUUUGGGAGAUCAGAAGAGGAAUUGUGCUGUUUGCUUUCCAGCAAGAAUCUCAGCUUUGAGAGUCACAUGCUGACACACCUUUGUUCUGUAUUGAGAAAUGUAAAGACCUCUUUCGGAGGCCUACUUUUGAGACCUUUGGGAGUCUAAUGUGAUGACAGUUAAACUUGCAAUUCUCAGUAAGGCACUUAAAGGCUUGAUGCACAAUACAGACCUGCAAAGAAGAGAAAACUAACGUACCGUAUGCAGCAUUUCACAUAGUGUUUCAGCCAGUGAUCGCAGCUGCAGCAGCGGAAUACAACUCUGGCUGGAAGUAAACGUUUUACAGAAUAGCUGGAGUUUUUAGGUCCUCCAGGAGGGCAAGAAAUAGUUUGGAAGCCCUUUAGUCAGAACACCUCAAAUGACUGUACAGGCUGUCAGGUAGAGUUCUUGCUCUGAGGACAGUUGGCUGUCACUUUGUCACUGUCAUAUGUGGCCACUGCUGUUUUGAGAAUCGAAGUGCAGUGGUCCCUCCUUAUCCACCGGGGAUACAUUCCAAGACUCCCAGUGGUUGCCUGAGACCGUGGAUAGUACUGAACCCUAGAUAUAUUUUUCCUAUUCAUGUAUAUAUAUAUAUAUAUAUAUAUAUAUAUAUACAUGUACACACACAAUAAAGUUUAAUUAUAAAUUAGACACACUAAGAGAUUAACAGUAUAAUUAAUAAUAAAAUAGAGCAAUUAUAACUAUACGCUAUAAUAAAAGUUAUAUGAAAGCAGUCUCCCUCAAAAUAUCUUAGUGUACUGUACUCACCCUUCUCAUGGUGUGAGAUGAUAAACUGCCUGCUCAAUGAGCUGAAGUGAGGUGAAUGCUGUAGGCAUUAUAACCUAGCAUUUUGCUGCUAUGGACCUUCUGGUGGUACACCACAAGGAGGAUCAUCUGUUUCUGGGCUGUGGUUGACCGUGGGUAACUGAAACCACAGAAAUCGAAACCAAGGGUAAGCGGACCUGCUGUAGCCUACGUGGGUGGUGGAUGGCACAUGGUGGCUGAUGCAUGAAGCAUGGCUCCUGCCUCCUUGGCUGGCCAGCCUAACAUUCACAGUUGCAUAGAUCCGUCUUCUGCACAGAGCCAGGUACAUGUGUAUGCUUAUAGCAAAAGCUCAAUUUCUCUACCUGUGAAAUGGGGGUGGUAAUUGUGUCUACCUCUAAGUAGUUUUUAGCCUUAAGCAAGAUGAUAGAUGUACAAUUCUCAGAACAGUGUUUAACACAGUAAGAGCGCGAUUAAGGCUAGUUUUUUUUUAAUUGAAAAAGCCCCAACUCUUAGAACCUGUUUUUAUUCUGGAGAAAAUUCCUUGUCAGCCUAUAUGAUUUAGAAGCCGAGGCACUAGGGAUGGAGAGGGGAUGGUAGGGACUGGCUAUCUUGCCACCCAGCAGGGUCACCCACACUCUCUCACAGCUUGACUCAUCCUAGCUGGUUAGCACUUCCCCACCCGAGAGGACGGGCCAGGUACCCUGAGACCUUUGCUAAGAGCUGGCUCCCAUCUCAAGCUGGAUGUUGACAAACGGUAUCAUCAGGACCUGGUCCCCCCAUCCCGAGUCUGAGAUGUGUAAUUUUCAUCCUUCAAGCCGACCAGGAGUGUGACAGCCUCCCCUGGCACUGCCAAUCCAAGCCUGUGCUGUCCUGACCAGGACGUGCCAUGCUGGCGACAGCAAAGGCAUGCAGCUCCUUGGGAGAGUGGGGCCGACAGACAAAUGCACAGGAAGUGGAAGUUGCCUUCCGGAGCAAUGAGCAAACUGAAAGUACGUUGGAACAGGGUGAGCUUGAGAGGUGGGGUAGCUGACCCAGCCUUCAGUGCCAGAGCAAAUCUCUCCCUUUGUGAAUGAUACCUAACAGUCUGCUCCGUUUCCACAAGGUUGCCUUUCAGGGAAUUUCCCUGAAUGGGUAGAAUAAUAAGACCCAAGUAGGCUGCUGCAGGAAGUAGGGCCCCUUUGGAGGCCCCUCCUAGUUGCUGAGUCCUGUCACGUGGUCCGGCUCUGGGCCGCAGAGGUCGCGACCAUCUCUGGGCACACCUCGCUUGGACGGGGGAGGCGGGAGGAGGGAAGCACCGUGGGGCCGUGUUAGGUGUCCUUCCUGAGGUCAGCUUUCUGGGACAUUGAUCCUGUGCUAUCAGAUGGGAUCAUUGUAAAGAUGUUGUUUUUAAGUGUCACCAGUGAUCAUGUCAAACAAUAAAAGUAACAAAAUAGACGUUUCCAUAAUAAUUUAUUACAGAAUCAUGAAAGACUCAUGGAAACUUUCGGCUGCAGAGCAAUGACUCAGCCUCACUUGACAAGCCAAGGCGCUGAGUCCUUCCCCGGGAAGUCACAGAGGUUGGAUGCUGAGCUGUAGGCAGUAGCUUAGGAGUCACGGUUUUCCUCACUUGUCUCCCUUUCUUAUCACCAAGCCUAGGAACCUACAAGUGAUGUGGUGGUGAUUGCCGAUGUUGCCUAGUAUCCAUUAUUUCCUUCUUUUUAAGAAAGAGAUAGUAUUUUAAAGGAAUAUAUUAGGACUGACAAGGAGCACAUCUGCGUCCUUGUCAGUCCUAAUCAUCUCAUCCUGAGCUCUCUUGAAAAGUAUUUCUCUUCUGAGUAGUAUUUCCCCACCUCCCAUUUUCACCCAGGAACACGGUUUCACGGCCACAGAAUACACGCACAGUUCAGCAGCUGGCUCUGCCCAGUGCAUGUGAGCAGGCAUGAUUUAGGCACACGUGUGGGCAUCUUACAGACAGAGCCGCUGGCCCCAGCGUUCCCUUCCCCCCUUACCUUUGCUGGAAGACAGUGAAGCCCAGUAGCAGCCUCAGACCUGGAGAUGGAAGCCACAGGGAGAGGACGGCGAGCCCCUUCCUCCACCUUACCACUCUCACUCUGAAUCUCAGUGCUGGCACAGCGUGGCCUGCUUUGUCCUCAACCCUGGGCACACAGGAGAGACUCAAAAGUAUUUGUUCUCAGUGCUCCUGUCUCCGCGGUCCCUUGAUUGCCUCGGCAUCUGUUUCCUCUUCCGGGCUUGGCUGUGCGGGUCACUGCAGCCUCACUAUUAAACACUUGACUUACUGGUAAUUCAUUCAACCACCACUAUUAGAUCCUUUCCUUGGUUCUGGGUGCUGGUGACAGAAUAUUGAUAGAAAUGAACAUGGGCUACUUCAUGGAGCUUAUUGCCUGCUCCCUGUAGACUUCAGGGGGCAAUCUCGCUGCAGCUUGGACCCAGCCAAAGCCGUUCCCCACUAACCCCCUUCACAGCCACCCCCUGUGCUGGCCGAGGAAGCUGGUUUUUCAAGAGGGCUCAGGGUGACAUGGUCAGGACUGUUGGGGACACAGACGUGUUCCAUGAGCACAAAGCCCAUGGCAGGAGGCAGAGGAUGAAGCUUCCCCCAAAGGGGGAGGUAGACAAGUUUCCUUUAAAAUGGUUUUAUUAACCAAGUGACCAUUUCCUCAAUGUAAGCAACACAGAUAAUAAAAAAUAAAAAUAAAAUCAUUGAUAAUCUCACCACCCAGGGUAACCACCUCUAACAUCCUAUGUAUAUAUUGUACACUUUUCAUGUAAAUUGUAUUUUUCAUAUAAAUCACACACAUACAUGCUAAUAAACAUUUCCUUUUCACGUUUUAGAAUUUCUGGUCAGGAUGUGUCUUAGAAUCAAUGCGUUUAUAAAACAGCAUGUCAUGGUUUAAUUGGAAGUAUCUCCUUAGUGAUCACCCUGCAGGGACUUGAAUUUUUCAAUAAUAUAUUGUGAGCGUUAUCGUAAGUCAAUAAAUAGAGCUCUGCAUUGUCA